UUUGGCAAACAAGAUUAAAAGUCUCAUGUGUGAUCCAACGGAAGAAGCUUCCAUUUUUAUCCUCGAUCCUAGUUUUGAACUACACAAAUUCAAGUACCUUUCACCUCACCAUAUCUGUGUCUGAUUCUCUGCUGUUUCCAGAGAUGGCUUAUGCUAGUACCAGUAUUGCCUGGAUUGCAAUCCUUUUUCUUUCGCAGCCUUUGAUUGCUAGUAGUGACCUUUUAUCUCCCCUGCUGUCCCCUAUCUUUGAUGAUGUGUGCAAAAAAGUGGAAUGUGGGAAAGGAACUUGCAAGCCUUCUGACAAUAGCACUUGGUUUUAUGAAUGUGAAUGUGAUCCUGGGUGGACGCAGACUCGCUUUGAUCAAGAUGAUCAUCUCCAGUUUCUUCCUUGCGUAGUUCCCAAUUGUACCGUGAACUUCUCGUGCACAGCAGCACCAUCACCUGUUCAAGAGAAAGCAAGCAGAGAUAAUCAGUCGAUUUUCGAUCCCUGCUUUUGGGCUGAUUGUGGAGGUGGCUCGUGCAACAAGACAUCUCAGCUCACUUACAGUUGCGCAUGUGCAGAGGGUUAUAGUAACCUUCUGAAUGUCUCUACCUUUCCUUGUUACAAAGAUUGUGCAAUUGGAAUGGAUUGUUCAAACCUUGGUAUUAUGAUGUCAAACAAAUCAGCUGCUCCAACACCUGUUAUGGCUGGCAAUAGUAUGAACCAAGCUUCUUCAAUCCUGCAAGAAAAAUUCCUUUGGCUGAUGGCAUUGAUGAUGUUGCUGCCUGUGAUUGAGUGAUGUAGAACUAACAGGCAGAUGCUCGACGGUUGUGGCUUGUUAUCAUGGUGUAAUUACUGUGUCUUACGCCUGAUUUACUUGGCUAUAUUUUUCUAUAACUUUUGAAGCUAUGUAUCCAUUAGGAGACGAGGGGCAGAUAGCUUUGUAUUCACAUAUACGAUGGAGAGGAGCUAGAUUUGGUAUGGAGAUAUGUCAGAGUUAGUGGUUACUGAAUUCAUGUAUUGGGGAUAUUCCAUUGUGGUAUAUGCUACAGUAGUGGCUUCGUUUAUUUGAUCUACAGAACAUGCUGUCACAGUUUGAUUGCAUUAUACUCGUCGGUUUAUAGCAAUUGAGACUCCUGGUGUUAUCAUCCA